GAAAGAAGAUGAUCAUUUUGAAAAUGAGCGACGGACAGAAGGAUAAUUGGUCUCCCAUCACAAUUCAGCAUGAAGAAAAACCAGAAAAAAAAAUCUACCCUCGAGAUCUUAAAUUUACAUGGGGCGACAACCCAAGUUACUGGAAACUACCAGAGCAAUCGCAAAACGGUCCUGCAGAGCUAAAGCGGGUGUGUUGGCUUCAGGUAACCGGUACAACACAAGUAGAAACUGGGAAGUCAUAUAUAAUAAAGUUCAACGUUACUUUGAAUCCUGGCGCCUUUGGGUGGAAUGGCCUCCCACUUUUUCUGAUAGCUAAGACUCAUGAUGGAAAUUACACAUGGCAAAUGAUUGAUCCACUGAAGCCGCCGCCUGCAACUGGUACUGGUACUGUUUCAGAUAUUCCUACUGAUGGAAAACAGUUCACCGUUCAAAUUCCACCUGGUGUAGGUAAACAGGAACUUUUCUUUGGUUUAUAUGAAAUUUGGAGUAACAGAUGGAAGGGAGGAUUGCUUAUUAAUUAUGCAUCUGUUAAAGAAAGAAGCUCACCGAAUUAAGCUUUUGUUUGUGCUUAGCAAAAUGUUGCCAAAUAAAUGGAGACAAAAAGAUAAACAUUUGUUAUUCAUCCACUGAUACGUUUGUUAUAUUGUAUGUUGUUUGCCAAAAAUA